GGCAGGGAAGGUGGCAACCCCAAAGACGAACGUCUUCCUAGCCAAAAGCAUCCUCAAGAGCAGGACAAAGGCUCCAGCGACACACAACCCGCUCAACCUUAAGGGCACAGGGACAUCACGCCAGGUGGAGCAAAUGUACCCACGGGGAAGCCUCGACAAGGAGACUCCUAAGAUGGCUCUCUCAAUCCACGCACGGCGUGCGUUCCACCCAGUGCAGGGGAAACGUGAAUUCCGAGCGUGCGAACACCGCACCCGGGUGUCGCCGCGAGGAAACCGAGGCACGGGUCGCUGGCCCGGAGGGGCCGUCCGUAUGCGCUGCAGCCCCGGGGCAGCCGACAGCCCCGCGGAGGCCGCUCGCCCGGUCCGCGACCCCGCCCACGCUCGCCCGCCUGCUGACAGCCGCCGCCCCCACCUGCCCCUGCGCCCGCCCGCCCUGCGCGCCCGCCCGCCGCUUCCUCUCUGCCCGGCCCGCCUCGUGCGGGCGCCGGGGAACGCGGCGCCGCCGCCCGCACCCACCGGCAUCAUCGCGGCGCCGUCCGCCGCGCCCGCGCCGCCUGACAGGACGCCUCUCCGGCCGCCUCACAGGCCGCGCACCCGCUGCGGCGCCCUGCGGCCCGGCUGCGGCGAGGCGGCAGCUGCGGAGAGCCACGCAGCUCUCGCUCGUCCUGUCGCGCCGCCCCGCGAGCCGCGUCGCCGUCCCUCAGCCGCCACCGCCGCCUCUGCUGAAGCCGGCCGCCUUCCGCCACCCACUCGGCUCACCCCCGCAGGCUGCGGAGGCCCCGCCCUACGCGUCGCUCCCCCACCCGCCUACGCCACCCAUGAUUGGUCCGGUGGGGGAGGCGGGAUAAAAGGGCGGGGCCUCUCCGCCGCGGCCAGGUGAGAGCGCGCUCGUGCGCGUCUGCGCUCUAGGAGGCGGGGGGAGGGGCGCGCUGCGGACGCCGGCCCCGCCCCCUCUCCUGCAUACCAGCUAAGGGGGCGUUGGGGCUCCGAGGGACCUCCGAACCUGGAGUCUAUGAGACUUCGGCUCAGAGUCACUUCGGACGAAUAGGGAAGGGCAGAGAGGAAAGGGCGGCUGGGUCCGGCCCAGAGUCGCAAUCGGAGGAGACUCGAACCUCAAGAUCCGAGAGGCCAGUGGCGAGCUGGCUACAGACCAACUCUGACCGUAACAUACCGCCCCUCAUGUGUCCAGAGCUAUGUAAGGCCACGGGCCAAAGCUAUGAGGUGGGCACAGGGUGUCCCCGACGUGUCUACAUCAGCCGAUUGCAGACUGCUCAGUGCCCCGGGCCGAGCCGCAGGGACUUGGGUCUCUGCCCAGCUUCCACCGCGGACUGAGCCAUUGAAACCUUCCUGGACAAGACACAGGCUCUGAGCCUCAGCCCUUCACAUGAUCCAUCCCACGACUAAAGAAAGGGCCCAUCCCGACCUGUGUCAGUAUCCUUGGAGAUCCAGCUGGAACGUCCCAGGGUAGGGUCCAGUCUGCAGCUUCAGGGCCCAGGUCUGUCUUCAGAACGUUGCUUCCUUUGUCAUUCUUCCCUCCAGCCUGGGAGCCUUCGCGACAGAGGCUAGAGCAGGCCCCAGAGCAGACCCUCAGCAGAGGCUGCCGGGUGGGCAGGCACCCUUUCUGAGUACUCCAGGUUGCGCCAUUUGCCUGAACUCUGACAGAUGAGACGCAGCGGCUGAUGAACUGCACCGGACUUAAACUUCCAUGAGAUUCCAGAAACAUGAAGACCCGCUGGGUGGCCCCAAACACAGAAAGGGUAGAUCACCUUGGGAAGUACCCAAGCUCUGGAGAGGGCAGCAGUUGUUGAUCAGGGGCAGUGGAUAGCCUGUCUGGUUAGCUGAGUGGCGGGAGGCUGCUGCUAAGUGGGGGCAGAGGGAGGGAGGAGGCCAGAGUUACACCAGCCCCCUUAUGGGCAGCCACGACUGCGCUUAAGAGGCCACGGGGGUUAGUGAUUGAGAGCGUGGACUUUCCAGUUGAACAGACUCGGUUCCACGCCACUGCUUCUGACACACCCUCGCUGUGUGCUCUUAGGCGAGCACAUCUCUGUCAUAGGAUGUGGUAGGAUAAUAGUACCUCUCUGGAGGAAGCUCAGGUGUGAUGGAUGAAUACUUCCUGAAGUUUGUGGCAUGUGCCAGCUGCCCUGUGAGUUCUGUAGUUACUUAUCGUUAGAAAGCAGGCUUGGUGUGAAAAUGUCCCCAGGGUUCUAAGGCUGAAUACAUAUGGACCAUGAAUAGUCAGUCAGUGACACAUCCUUUCUGGGAGCAGGAUUCUGAGAGAGGAGGAAGUUCGGGGAAUGAGUGAUUUUUACACCAGAUGUCAAGAGACCUGGGCCCCGAUUCCAGCUCUGCUCCAUUUCCUGCAAGGUCUCAGGUACCUCAUACCCUGGGCCUUGCAUUUCCCUUCUGAAGCAGAAGGCGGGUUAGAGUCUGAACCUCUGGGCCCUUCCAGUCCUGAUGUACUAAUGUCCACAUGCUGGGUAGGGGGAUAUGCUGACCCACUUAGGCCGGACAAAAGACAAGCCCAGAAAACUGUUAACUCACUCUCCUAAGAGCAUCUUGACUACAGGUAUGUCUGUUUUUGCACAGAUUUGAUCUCCAGAACCCAUGUGGCUGCUCACAACUCUCUGUAACUCAGUUCCAAGGGACAAUACCCUUUUCUGUCCUUUUCGGGCGGGCACACAGACAUAUACAGAAAAACAAAUCUAAAGUUUUAUUUAUCUAUGUGUAAGGUCUGUGUUACUGAUGCACACAUGCAUACAUUUAUGUAUAAGGUCUGUGAGUGUAGAUGCACGCAUUCAUACAUUUAUGUAUAAGGACUGUGUGCAUUGAUGCACACACACACAUACAUUUGUGUAUAAGAUCUGUAUUACUGAUGCACACACACAUACAUUUUAUGUAUAAGGUCUGUGAGUGUAGAUGCACACAUGCAUACAUUUAUGUAUAAGGUCUGUGAGUGUAGAUGCACGCAUUCAUACAUUUAUGUAUAAGGACUGUGUGCAUUGAUGCACACACACACAUACAUUUGUGUAUAAGAUCUGUAUUACUGAUGCACACACACAUACAUUUUAUGUAUAAGGUCUGUGAGUGUAGAUGCACACAUGCAUACAUUUAUGUAUAAGGUCUGUGAGUGUAGAUGCACGCAUUCAUACAUUUAUGUAUAAGGACUGUGUGCAUUGAUGCACACACACACAUACAUUUGUGUAUAAGAUCUGUAUUACUGAUGCACACACACAUACAUUUUAUGUAUAAGGUCUGUGAGUGUAGAUGCAUACAUGCAUACAUUUAUGUAUAAGGUCUGUGUGUGUGGAUGCACACAUGCAUACAUUUAUGUAUAAGGUCUGCAAGUGUAGAUGCACACAUGCAUACAUUUAUGUAUAAGGACUGUGUGCAUUGAUGCACACACACAUACAUUUGUGUAUAAGAUCUGUAUUACUGAUGCACACACACAUACAUUUUAUGUAUAAGGUCUGUGAGUGUAGAUGCACGCAUGCAUACAUUUAUGUAUAAGGUCUGCGAGUGUGGAUGCACACAUGCAUACAUUUAUGUAUAAGGUCUGUGUGUGUGGAUGCACACAUCCAUACAUUUAUGUAUAAGGUCUGUGUGUGUGGAUGCACACAUGCAUACAUUUUAUGUAUAGGGUCUGUGGGUAUUGAUGCAUACAUACAUACAUUUUACGUAUAAGGUCUGUGAGUGUAGAUGCACGCAUGCAUACAUUUGUGUAUAAGGUCUGUAUUACUGAUGCACACACACAUAAGGUCUGUGUGUGUGGAUGCACACACACAUACAUUUUUUCUAGAGGAACCUUCUGGGUCCUCUAGAAAAGCAGCAAUUGAGGACUCUUCCGCCAUGCUGCCGCCUUCCGUGGCACCUGCGAAGUUGUGAUGCUGAAGCUCCUUGUAGGUCGCUGUGCUUGGCCUCUACUAGACUCCUGUGUGGUUCCACAAUGCCUAAGAAAGCCGGUGCAACAAGCAAGGGUAAAAACCAAACCAAGGAACCAGAGACACCACCUCCCCCUACAGGGCCUGUAGCAACUGAUUCUAAAGGCUUUGUCACCAUAGCCAUCCAUGCCAAACCCGGCUCCAAACAGAAUGCUGUGACAGAUCUGAACACCGAGGCGGUUGGCGUGGCCAUCGCGGCACCUCCGUCUGAGGGAGAGGCCAAUGCGGAGCUCUGUCGGUACCUUUCCAAGGUCUUGGACCUCAGGAAGAGUGACGUGGUUCUGGACAAGGGCGGUAAAUCUCGGGAAAAGGUGGUGAAGCUCUUGGCCUCUACAACUCCAGAGGAGGUCUUGGAGAAGCUGAGAACAGAAGCUGAAAAAAAAUAAAGGCGAGAAAUGGUGUGUACUUCCUUGUGGGCUCUCAUGAGAGUAGCGGGGCCACGCAGGAAAAUGUACAUCGGUGCCUGGCCAUGGAGAGAGGAAUACAUAGAUGAAGUCAGACUAAAUGAAAGGAGAAAAUAUAAAUCUACAGACUCUCAAAUCCCUCACUGUGGGAGCUGGGGAGACAGCUCAGUGGUGAAGAGCGUUUGCCGCUCUUCCGGGGAUUCGGCUCAGCUCCCAGCACUGACACUGGAGGGCUCACACAAACUCCGGUUCCAGGAUGUCGCCAUUCUUUUCCUGGCCCCUGAGGCCACUGCAGACCUGUAGUUCAUACAUGUGCAUUCCAGGCACACACACUAAGUAAACCUUUAAAUCCCUGAGUGCAGACAGCCUGGAAUAUAUCACUCUAACUUCAUGGGAUUACAACGGACCAGCUACUGUCCACGAUGGAGCUCCUGAUCUGCAGGCAUUGGGAGAUGAGCUGAAGAUCACCGCACAGAGGAUGACGGGAAACCAACUCCCCGGACUCCAAGUGAAGUGCUUCUAGCCUCGUAGCUCCCCACAGUGUUUCUGGAGUCCUGGGGUCUUCUGAUCCUGUUUACAACUGGGAAAACCUUUUGUACUGCUUCUAUUUUAAGGUUUUUUUAAAUGCAAAAGUGUUUACUUUUUAUCUUCUAAUGAUCAUAUAGAACAUUUUGUGGAAAAGUAAAUAAUCAUGGAGACGUGUAA